GCGGUUUGUGCUGCCCCAGAUGACAGCGACAGCGUCAGAGGUGACAUAGACGAUGACGAUGAUGGGGUGUGUACGGUGUCUGGAGGCAGUAGCCAGGUGCUUCAGUACGAAUAUCACAUCCUGUACUCCUGCAGCUACGGUACUCCUGUGCUCUAUUUCAGAGCCGUCACACUGGAGGGGCGGAGCCUGUCAUUAGAGGAGGUGUGGAGCUCCGUUCAUCCAAACUUCAGACUUCGGCUCCAGCAUAGUCCUCUAAAUACAAUCACUCUGCAGGAGCAUCCCCUGCUUGGUCAGCCUUUCUUCAUGCUCCACCCCUGUAGAACGGAGGAGUUUAUGAGGCCUGUGCUGCAGGCGGCUCAGGACCAGCCCAGGCCAGUGAACUAUGUGUUGUCGUGGCUCAGUGUGGUGGGUCCUCUGGUGGGUCUGGAGGUCCCUCUGAAGUACUCCACCCUGCUCCAUCCUGCAGCCUUACUCGGCAGCACCGAGCCGGACUGAAGCCCACUCUCUGUCAGUGUCACUGUGGGGUCUCUACACCGACACUGGACUAUCAAACAGGCAUAGCAGGCAACUGUCCAGGUGCCCGAGGCCUUCUCCUUUAUUUUUAUUUAAUUGAAAAUCAGUUUGGCAGUAUAAAACUGACAGUAAUAAGGGCCUUAUGAAAAGGUACAAAAGGUAGCUAACACUGAAUGUCUUUUUAAUCUAUGGCCACCUAUAGCUGUCCUGUAUGGUUAACAAAAACUCUUGGAAAAAUAUUUCCUGAACAGAGUUGGAACCCUGAUGGAGCAUAUUCUUCAAAUGUUUAGUGACUUUUUUAGUGAGAUACACAGUAAGAAAUGUUAGCAUGAUGCUAAAUGUGUCUACAUCCUGUAUCUGAUAUAUAAUUUUUACAACAACAACAGGAUUCCCAUGGAAAACCUGCCUAUUUAAGGACUAGUUUUCCAGUCAUGGAAACACCUGUAAAUGUAUAAAUAAAGACCAAAUAUCCUGGAAAUAAUCCAUGUUGUCUUGGAACAUUUACAUUUUAUUUUAACCACUCACUCAGAUCGCCUAUGUAAACCUAGGUUUGAUUAAAACUGUAGUAAACUUUAGUCAAAUCACCAGAGACAGAAAGCGAGCUAACAUGUAGUGUCUGUAACUGCUGACUAACAACCUGUAAUCAACCUGUGUCACUUCAUCAUAAACCUGUAUCAUAUCAACCUGUGAACUAGGUUGGUAAACUAUAUGACUGUGAGAAAGUGAUAGAAUCCAGACCAGGGCCCUUUUCUGUAUGUCAUACCCUCUCUGCCCCUGCCUUUCCUGUCACUAUCCAAAUAAAGCAAAACUGCAACAACAA